CCCAUACAAGCCGAAUAGAACAACUUAUUUGUCCUACAUUUCAGGUGAUCACAAGUAUUGUAUCUUGAAUUCUAGUGAUGGCCUCUUGCAACAGCUUUAUCCUAGCCUUAUUCAUCGCUCUGACAUUUUCGAGCAUGAAUGUUAGCAUAGCUGCCCGUCAUCUCCUCCAGUUGCCACCAUUGCCUAAGAUACCAAUGCCACCAUUGCCUUCUAUUCCAAACCUUCCUCAGCCCACAUUGCCCACCGUGCCUACAACUCAACCAUCCCUACCUAACCCCACACUGCCACCACUUCCUAGCAUUCCCACCAUCCCUACCUUUCCUACAGUCCCAAAGGUCACUUUGCCUCCUCUUCCAAGCAUGCCCUCAAUCCCCACAAUUCCAACAAUUCCCUCUAUUCCAUUCCUUUCCCCUCCUCCAGCAACCUCUAGCCCUUGAGUUCGCUCAAUUUAUCUUCUCUUAA